AUGACCCGGAAAAUGUGGGGCUUAAUUCCUGUGUUGGACUGCUCUCAGCUGCUGAAGCUGUGCUCUUCGCAGUGCAAACCCUCCAUCUGCCACAUCAGGACCCCCGACCCCCGGGCCGACCCUCCUCAGAGCAUCAUGACGGACCAGGCUUAUGUAACAUUGGCCACCACCGACAGCUACGCCAAAGGAGCGAUGGUUCUCGGCCAGUCGUUACGAGACCACAACACAACCAAGAAACUCGUCGCCCUUGUAGGACCUCAUGUUGCAGACCCUUGCAGAGAUGCACUGCGCUCCAUUUUCGAUGAGGUGUGUGUCGUCAAUGUCCUGGACUCCGGUGAUACGGCUCAUCUGUCCAUGAUGAAACGUCCUGAUCUGGGAGUAACCUUCACAAAGCUGCACUGCUGGACGCUCACACAAUACAGCAAGUGUGUGUUCAUGGACGCAGACACACUGGUACUGUCAAAUAUAGAUGAGCUCUUUGAGAGGGAGGAGUUAUCUGCAGCGCCGGAUCCUGGUUGGCCAGACUGUUUCAACUCCGGGGUGUUUGUUUUCAUACCGUCCAAUGAAACGCACGAGAAGCUGCUCACGUUCUGCGCUGAAAACGGCAGCUUCGAUGGUGGAGAUCAGGGGGUUCUCAACAGUUUCUUUAACACUUGGGCGACGGCAGACAUAUCUAAACACCUCCCCUUCAUCUACAACCUCAGCAGUAUCGCCAUCUAUUCCUAUCUGCCAGCUUUCAAACAGUACGGCCAUGAAGCCAAAGUGGUGCACUUCCUUGGCAAGGCGAAGCCAUGGAGCUACUCCUACGAUUCUCAGAGGGGCGAGGUCAAAGGUCACUCCGUGUCCCCUGACCAGUGCCAUCUGCACCCGGACUACCUGCUCAUGUGGUGGCAGUUGUACAGCAAAUCUGUGAUGCCUCUGCUGCAGCGGGCCUACGGGGACACUCCCUUCCACAGCGGCUUUGUGGAGGCAAACGAGGAUGUUAAGCUUCAUGAGGAUAUGAGAGAGCAUUCGGCUCCCCCUGCUCCUGCUCCUCGUCCUCAGAUUUCAUCAGAGGAGAGGAAGAAGCGCUGGGAAGCGGGCCAGAUCGACUACCUUGGUGACGACUCCUUCGUCAACAUCGAGCGCAAACUUAAUUCCUUCUUAAAGUAGCAGGUGGGCAGGUGAGGGAGUGCGACAGACAGAGAGAGCACCAGUUGAAGCUCUGUGUGGGCGGGGAAUAAACCACUGCUCAGCCAAUCACAGGGGCUUGAUUAGCAGGUGACUGAAUGAAAGCCUCUGUGCAACUUUGAGCCUCACUCUGUGCACCUUCUCAGUGUGUGUAUGAAUUUAGGAGAGGAAACUUCACUUUUCUCUAAAUGGACCAGUGUGUAAGAUUUAAUGGAAUCAAAAGGAAGAAAUAUAAUAUAAUAUUCAUAAAUAUGUUUUCAUUAGUGUAUAAUCACCUGAAAAUAAGAAAUGUAUUGUUUUGUUGGCUUAGAAUGAGCCCUUUAGAUCUACAUAGGGAGCGGGCCCUCUUCCGUGGAAAUGCCAUGUCAUUAUUUUUCCAUCCUGUGUUCUACAAAGACCCACCGCUACACUGCUUCUGAUUGACCCAUAUUUUCACCCUAACCAUCUCACUCCUCAUGCCUAAACCUAACCAGCCUAACCAAUGAAGGGACAGAGUACUAGCCAAUCAGAGGCAGAUUUAGGUGGGUCUUCGCAAGAAUGUGGGUUGGGGAAAAACGCUAGGUUGGGCCAGUCAGAUGGACGAACUCCUGCAAGUGCAGUUAGGGUUAGGAUAGUCA